CACUCCCAUUAUACCCAACAACAAACAAAAUUGACUUCAUAUUCUUCUUCUUUUUCAUUCUCUUUAACAAUGGCAAAGAUGUCAUCUUCAGAUCCUUUAGUUCUUGGAAGAGUGGUUGGAGAUGUCAUCCACUCUUUCAAUCCAAGUGUCCAAAUGUCUGUCACUUACAACACCAAACAAGUCUUCAAUGGCCAUGAGUUCUUCCCUUCUGCUCUUACCACUAGGCCUAAGGUUGCAAUUGAUGGUGGUGACAUGAGGACUUUCUACACACUGAUCAUGACAGAUCCUGAUGUUCCUGGCCCAAGUGAUCCUUAUCUGAGAGAACAUUUGCACUGGAUAGGGAUACACAGGUAUGUGUUUGUGUUGUUGAAGCAAAAGAGAAGGCAGAGUGUAACCCCACCAAGUUCAAGGGAUCACUUCAACACUAUCAACUUCUCUGCUCACUCUGACCUUUCUCUUCCUGUUGCUGCUGUCUAUUUCAAUGCUCAGAGAGAAACCGCCGCUAGAAGACGCUAAUCACUAAUCAAAUUCAUAUAUAUGUAGCUGCAUGCACACCUAUAUUAUUAGUAAAUAAAUAAAUAAAGCAAGAAGCAUGCAAGCAAGGUUAUUAGGUUAUGUUUCUUUCUAUGGCUAUAUAUCAUCAUCAUCAUGAUGAAGAAUGAAAAGGGUUCCUACCACCACACCUCUAUGCACGUGGCGUCUUCUCAUAGGUGGUGUUAAUCAUAUGAUAUAUAGUUUAGGUGUCACUUAUUAUUAUAUGAUAUGUAUGUGGCUAAUUAAUGUAUUGUGUUAAUUAGUUGUAUGUGUUGUUUGUGAGUUAUGUAAUAUAAUGUUAUGAACUUGAGAAUUAUUAAGAAUAAAUAAAUAUCUUUUUAUUA